AUGGGUGGCCUCAUAGUAUUGCUCGCGUUGAGCGUGGUCAUGGCCGCGGCAUCUUUCUUGGCUGGCGCUGUCCCAUUAACCUUUACGCUGACCUCGUCGCAGCUCCGGCUCUUGUCGGCGCUGGGCGUGGGUGUUUUGGUCGGCACCUCCAUGAUCGUCAUCAUCCCAGAAGGCAUUGGCGCUGUCGCAUCCCCAAGCGAAGGAGUGCACACCCACAGGAUUCGAUCUGUUGCCGAGAGGAGCCCGUGGGAUCUGGGUGUUGGCUUGGGCGUACCGCUGCCCAAAGUGCGCUUUGCGGAGCCGGCUGUCGAUAUUGCCAGCGAAGCAGAGGCCAUGGCGUUGCGCAGCGACGCCCACGACGAUCACGAUCAUGAGCACGACCAUAUGCACGAGCAUGAUCAUGAGCAUGAGCAUGAGCAUGAGCAUGAGCAUGAGAAUGAGAAUGAGCACGACCACGCCGACGGCGAGGAACAUGACCAUGCCGAAUUCCCAUCCUUUCAAGUUGGCUUAUCGCUUAUUCUCGGGUUCGUCCUCAUGUUCCUCAUCGAUCGCCUGCCGCAGCACGCCUCCUCUUCACGAAACAGCGUCCCAGCGACUCUGCACGUCUCACUGGAAAACCUCAAUGGCAAUGCGCCUGGCUCGCCGACUGCAUCGAGCAACGACGUCGAGGCAACGUCUGGCGGCUCACCUCCCGCUCGCAGCAUGGCGACGACACUGGGACUUGUCAUCCACGCGGCAGCUGAUGGCAUCGCCAUGGGUGCCAGCUCCACAACGGAGGACACCAAGCUGAGUCUCGUCAUCUUCUUUGCCAUCAUGAUCCACAAGGCACCUGCAGCGUUUGGCUUGACGAGCGUGCUUUUGCACCAGGGGCUUUCCAAGCGAGCGGCUAGGGCGCACCUCAUGGUGUUCAGCUUGGCUGCCCCCGUCGGGGCCCUUGCCACGUGGAUGCUCGUUACCAUGUUGGGCGGUGGCGGCGGCGGCGAGGACUCGAACUGGUGGACUGGCAUGCUGCUGCUGUUCUCCGGCGGCACAUUCUUGUAUGUGGCCAUGCAUGCGAUGCAAGAGAGUGAACACGGCGGACAUGAAAGCCACGGUUCGAAUGGCUACACGAGUAUUGGAGGCCAAGCGCACGAGAAACCCCAGGGUCCGCAGAUGAGGGACACUCUUGUGACCAUGGUUGGCAUGCUUUUGCCUCUGCUCACACAGUUUGGUCAUCAUCAUCAUUGA